AUGUAUUUCAGUUCCAGAGUGAUUGCUUCAAUAAGCCCUACUAUGAAUUUCUCCUCCUUCCAUCUCACUGGAUUUUCUGGCCUGGAGCAGCAAUAUCCCUGGAUCUCCAUCCCCUUCUCUGCCAUCUAUGCCAUGGUACUUCUGGGCAACUGCAUGGUGCUGCAUGUGAUCCGGACUGAGCCCAGCCUGCACCAGCCAAUGUUCUACUUCCUGGCCAUGCUGGCCCUCACUGACCUGUGCAUGGGGCUGUCCACAGUGCACACGGUGCUGGGGACCCUGUGGGGGCUCAGCAAGGAAGUCAGCCUGGAUGCCUGCAUUGCCCAGUCCUAUUUCAUCCAUGGUCUGUCCUUCAUGGAGUCCUCUGUUCUCCUCGCUAUGGCUUUUGACCGCUACAUCGCCAUUUGCCACCCACUGCGCUACUCCUCCAUCCUAACUAAUGACAAAAUCAUAAAAAUUGGGGUGGCAAUCGUAUGUAGGAGUACACUACUCAUACCUCCAGUCAUCGUUCGCCUAAAGUUCUUAAAUUAUUGCCAUCCCCACAUUCUCUCUCACUCCUUCUGCCUGCACCAGGACCUUCUCCGUCUAGCUUGCUCAGACAUCCGAUUCAAUAGCUACUAUGCCCUGAUGUUGGUCAUUUGCACACUAUUGUUGGAUGCUGUUCUUAUCCUUUUCUCCUAUGUCAUGAUUCUUAAAUCAGUUCUGGCAAUCGCCUCUCAGGAGGAGCGGCGUAAGUCCUUUCAGACCUGCAUCUCCCACAUCUGUGCUGUCCUGGUGUUCUACAUCCCUAUCAUUGGCCUAACAAUGGUGCACCGUUUUGGCAAGCAUCUCUCCCCCAUGGUCCAUGUCCUCAUGGGCAACAUCUAUAUCCUUUUCCCACCUUUGAUGAACCCCAUCAUCUACAGUGUCAAGACGCAACAGAUUCGUAGCAGAAUGCUCAGACUUUUUUCUCUGAAAAUCCAUUGA